GAUGUCACAUGUAAAUCUAACUAGCCAACACGUAUACACAAUCAUUUGUCUCAAAAAAGGGUUUUAUAAGAAGAGUCUUGAGACAAUAGAACUCUUCCUUACACAGUACAAUGUUUCCAACACAUUUUGCUACCUUCCUUGUUAUCCUUGUCUUCUUCCCUCACUCAUUUGCAGAUACAACUUCAUUUGUGAAAGCCGGUUAUUACUAUUCCGCUAAUGAAAUUUCAUCUUCAGACAUAAAAUCCAAUCUUUUCACACACCUCUUAUGUGCUUUUGCUUUCAUAAACUCCACAAACUACAACAUCUUCAUAAACUCUUCUGAGGAACACAAAUUCUCCAUCUUUACUAACACGGUUAAGCUUCAAAACCCAUCAAUUUCAACUAUUUUAUCAAUCUACAGUGGAGGAGAUAGCUCUUCGGUUUUUAAUUCAAUGCUAAACCAAUCUUCUUAUAGACAAUCUUUCAUUGAUUCUUCGAUUGAAACAGCUAGAAAAUAUGGAUUUCAUGGCAUAGACCUUUGUGGGGUGUUACCAAAGAAAGGUAAAGAACUUGCAAAUUUAGCAACCCUUUUGAGAGAGUGGCGAAUCGCGAUAACUUCUGAUGCAAGAAACUCGAAAAAGACAGAGUUGGUGUUGGUGAUGACAGGUUAUUAUCUCAAAGAUUCGGAUUUUAUUAGUUACCCUUUUGAAUCAAUGCAGAAGAAUUUGGAUUGGGUUCAUUUUGCUGCAUAUGAUUACUAUGUUCCUAAAAAGGACAACGUAACGGGUUUUCAUGCGGCUUUGUAUGGUUCUUAUGGUUGGGAAAAUACUGAUUCUGGUAUCAAAGAAUGGAGAAAAAGGGGAUUUUCUUCUAACAAACUUGUAAUUGGUUUGCCUUAUCAUGGAUAUGCAUGGACACUUGUGCAACAAGGAGAAGAUGGUGUUGGAAAACCAGCUUUUGGACCUUCUGUUACAAUGGAUGGUGACAUGGCUUAUAAGUUUAUAAAAAGUUACAUUAGAAGCUUUGGAGAUGGAGUUGUUUCAUCUUAUAAUGCUACUGCUGUGGUGAAUUAUUUCACAGUUGCAUCCACUACUUGGGUUAAUUUUGAUGAUGUGGAAGCUGUUAAAGAAAAAGUUUCUUAUGCUAAGAAAAAUGGACUACUUGGUUACAAUGUGUUCCAAGUGGGGAAUGAUGACAAUUGGGUCCUCUCAAGGGCAGCUCAAGAAGUACUAGAUGAAGAUCAUCAUCAUAACAGAAGGUUGCUGAUAAUUGUUCUGCUUACUACAUUGACCAUUGCCCUUCUCUUGGGAAUAGUAUUAUGCUAUUAUUACCAAGGAACAGUGACCACUAUUACAAGACUAAUAUACAAACUGAGGAUAUAUUUAUCAGCAGGUGAAGAAGAUCUUAAUGGAAAUGAUUCUGAUUUGAUAGUAUUUAGUUAUCUCACACUUAAAGUAGCAACAAAUAACUUCUCAAAAGAAAAUAAGCUUGGAGAGGGUGGAUUUGGAGUAGUGUACAAGGGAAAAUUACGGAAGGGACAAGAAAUUGCUGUCAAAAGACUAUCAAAAACCUCAAAACAAGGACUUGAAGAGUUCAAAAACGAGAUUGCGCUUACGGCGAGACUACAACAUGUGAAUUUAGUUAGACUUUUGGGUUACUGCACAAAAAAAUAUGAGAAGCUUCUUAUCUAUGAAUACCUGCCAAAUAAAAGCUUAGAUCAUUUUCUCUUUGAUCCAAGGAAAUCAAUUCUUCUAGAUUGGAGGAAGCGUGUGAAUAUCAUUGAAGGUGUUACUCAAGGCCUUCUUUAUCUCCAAGAGUAUUCAAAUUUUACUAUAAUUCACCGAGAUCUUAAAGCUAGUAAUGUUUUGUUAGACCAUGAGAUGAAUCCUAAGAUAUCAGAUUUCGGAAUGGCUAGAAUUUUUGGGAAGUUUGAUCUUGAAGCAAACACAAGCAAGAUCGUGGGAACAUAUGGGUAUGUCCCUCCUGAGUAUGUCAAAAAAGGUAUAUACUCACCCAAGUACGACGUUUAUAGUUUUGGAGUUCUUCUCUUGCAAAUCAUAAGUGGAAAGAGGACUUCAUGUUAUUAUGGCACACAUGAAAAUAUGAACCUUUUGGAAUAUGCAUACGAGUUGUGGAUUGAAGACAAAGGUGUGGAGUUUUUCGACCCGUCAUUGGAUGAUACGAAAUCACAUUGUAAAAUCAUGAGAUGCAUGCAGGUAGCUCUUUUGUGUGUUCAAGAGAACUCAGCAGAUAGACCUUCUAUGUUAGAAGUUGAUUCAAUGCUAAAGAAUGAAGGUGCAGCUGUUUGUACUCCUAACGUGCCAGCCUUUUCGACAAAAAAACAUGAAGACUAUGCAUAUGAUAAGGGAGAUAUGUCUAACUCAGGGUUCAAAUUUUCUUCAAUCAAUGAUGUUACAAUUUCUCAGAUGGUACCAAGAUGAUGAUGGUGUGGAGCAGGACAUUCUAGUGCUUAAUGUGAUAUCUUGUUUAGGCAUUGUAAUAUUUUUUUAGAUCUAAUAGAUAAAAUUUUGAGAAAACAAAGGAAUUUUUAUAUUAUCUACCUUAAGAAAAGUCUUUCACCUAAAGAAGACACAUGAGAUAAUUUCUAA